CUCGCGCGCGACGAGUUCAUGGUACCCUGUUUUUGUUCGGAUUUUUCUCGGUUCCUUCGAAUGACUUCAAACCUGCCACCCUAUGACUUGUAUGGUAUGGUCUGGCUGACAACAGGGUACCAUGAACUCCACCGAUGCACCAUAUAAAAAGGCAGGUUAAUAACAGCACCUUUCAUAUUCCCAGCCGCAGUCAAUAUCACUGUUGAAGCCUUGGACAUUGGUUGUCAAAGCAUGUACUACAAGUCACUCUUCCCUGACCUGCCAAAGGUCCCAGAAUCUAAUGUUCACCACCUGCUCUUCAACCGGCCUGACCAGCGGGAGUGGCCAGAUUACACAUUAUUCGUGAAUGUGGCUACUGGCCAGCGGCGUUCAUUCAGGGAGUUUGUCGAGCGUGUCCGCGAUGGUGCUACUGCGUUAGGUGCUGAUGUGACACAAGGUGGCCUAGGUCUUCGUCCAGAGGAUGGAGAACUUGUAGGCAUACUGAGUGAGAACUGCCCAGACUAUGUAGCCCUGCUGCAUUCCCUACUGGCUAUCACUGUCCCGUUUGCGCUGUUCUCAUUCUAUUCAACACCGUGCGAGUUCAAAUACGCUAAUUCGCUCGUACAGGCGACUAGGAUCUUUGCUAGUCCCUCGCUACUACAACUCGCUUUGACUUCAGGUCUCCCAGCAGAUCGGAUUUACCUCCUAGAAGGAGAGAAUACUGGCUAUACAAGUUUCGAACAAUUCAUCUCCUCUGCCCGAAGGAAUGGUGUUCCACGUCUGCCAGUUCGUCAUGCUACCAAGGACACUCUAGCCUACCUGAUGUAUUCCAGUGGAACAAGCGGUCCUCCCAAAGCGGUCAUGGUGUCCCACGGAAAUAUCACUGCCGUCACCCUCUCAACAAUGGUAAACGGUAAGGAAAUGGCUAAAACUCAGGCUCCAGUAUGGAACACCCCUGAUGGGCUAGAAGUGUCCUUCAAUGUCCUUCCGCUCUUUCACACUAUCGGCCUUACCACGACUGGCUUCUUCAGCUUCGUCAAGCGUUCCACGAUUGUUAUGCUACCGAAGUGGGACAUCGAUAUAUUCUUUGACAGCAUCCCGAAAUACCACAUCACGACCACAUACCUCCGCGCCUCCUUUCUACACCAGCUCGUUCACCACCCACGCUUCAAAACUGCUGAUAUGAAGUCGGUUAAGACAAUCGGAAGCGGCGGAGCGUACCUCCCUCCCCAGCUCGCAGACCAAGUUUGCGCCCGUUUCACAGACAUGCCAAGAGUUACUGAACGUUAUGGCAUGACCGAAUUGACAACAUCCAUCGCCAUGACGCCCAUCCCCGGCAUGCUCAAUGGACGUGCCAAAUACAAGCCUGGCUCUGCCGGAAUUCUCCUCCCCGGUGUCGAAGCCCGCGUUGUCCGUCCUGACGGGUCCCUAGCGGGUCCGAACGAGGCGGGCGAGCUUCUCGUUCGCGGAGGUUCUGUGGCGCUGGGAUACAAAGGAAACGACAAGGCCACUCGGGAAACGUUUGUUGAUGGAUGGGUGCGCACGGGCGACCAGAUACGGAUCGAUGAGGACGAGGUGCUUUUGACACACUCAAAAUCUCAGGCAUGCAAGUUUCUUCCCGUCGAAAUUGAGGACACGAUCCUGGCACAGCCCGACAAGCUCAUUACUGAUGUGAGCGUCGCGGGCGUUUCGGGUGGGUGGACCUCAGACGAACGCAUACCGCGCGCAUGGAUCGUAUUAUCUGCAGCGGGCGCAGCGUUGGGUGAGAAAGAGGUUGUGACACGGCUCGAUGCGUGGGUGCAGCAGCGCCUGAGUUGGUUUAAGUGGUUGACAGGAGGCAUUGAGAUUUUAGAGGUGAUUCCAAAGUCGCCAACUGGGAAGGCGUUGAGACGGGUGUUGGUUGAGGGGUAUGAAAAAGAUGUGAAACUGCUUGCGAAAUUGCAUUAGGAAAGUGUGAGAUUCCUGCAGGCAGCUAUGUCCCAUGUACGCGUCUUUAGAUCACGCACUCAUUCUAUGAAAAAUUGUUGUCGAUG